GCCACACUUUAGAAAAAAUAUGUAUACAAUUAAAUGAAAAUAAAUAUGAGUUUUGAAUUUUAAGGCAUCACUAUGAGUAUUGCCGACGUGGAGUAUGAAUAUGUUGUGUUAAAAAUAAACGGUUACGAUAUUAGUCAUUUGUCGAGGUAUGAAGCGGUUCAAAAGUUCCUUCAAGCUAAAGAAACCCUUGUUGUAGAAAUACGAAGACAGAAACACAAUGCAUUAGAUUUAGAAUUAAAACAAGGCUCCAAUGCCAAAAUAUCAAAAGUGGACAAACCCGAAGAACUUUCUGUCUUAACUGACAAGUCAGCAGAAGCGACGAUCACAGCUGCCAGUGCCUCUCAAGAAAUAAGUUUCCCUUCUUCAACAUCGUUGAAAGAAAUCGAUACGAAAACUCCUGUGGUUUUAACUCUGCGGGCUAGAAGUCAUGAGGAUCGUUUGGGCAGUCUACAAGCCGCAUCGAAGGAAACUCAAACCCAAUCUGUCGUUCGCAUGGACGUUCUAAAGGAUAACGAUUUGGGUAAAACAAUUACCGACAACUUCAUAGAGCAUGAACACCACUUGUUCGAACAAUGCCUGGAACCGGAAAUCGACAUUGAGGAAGUAACGCUUGUUAAAGGUGUUGAACAUUCAAGCAGCAAUCAAAUCGGGCUCAUUGUUACCUCCUCUGGACUUCAGCAAUCAAGUACCGACACCGAUAAACUACGUAACGUCUUAGAACAAAGUGAGGAUGUGUUCAUCAGUGGUGUACAACCGGAAAGCAUAGCCUAUCGUGAUGGGCGCCUUCGACAGGGGGAUCAGAUUCUUCGUAUUAACGGCUUGGAUGUUAAAAACCAGGAGGAGUUAGAAACUCAAAUAGCAGGGAGUAGUACAUCAGUAACGCUACUAGUUAGUCGAAUUAUAUACCCUGAAGACGAUGAUGACGAAGAUAUACAUUUUGAGUAUGCUAAUACAUUUCUGCCAGAUGACUAUACAAAUGUAGUGGAUAAACUGGACAAGGUUUUGUUAACUCACGUCCAGUCUUUGGAAGAACUAUCCCAUGAAUCCGCUAUGCAAUCUGACAAAUGCUAUCAUAUACCAGAAAAGAACUCAUCUGAUUCAAAUGUUAAAAUAUCAUCAUUGGCGAAAAAUAUCAUUGAGCAAUCUACCAAGUCGUGUAGUAAAAUAAAGCUUCGACCGAAUGCAAGCUUGAACUAUAGAACAAAAAUCAAUCAACCUUUAAGCCAAGAAGAAGUUCAUCUGCAAUAUGAGUACGAUGAAAGCGAGCACAUUUACGAGACCAUUCCAGAAGAUUCUGAAAGUGAACCAGUGUAUUGUUCACCGUACCAACGUUCAAACAAGACGUCAAUAGGUUGUUGUGCAUCUCCAAUAGCAUCGAAACCUGCCGAAUCAUUAGAAACAACAAUGCAACAACAAACUCAAAGAGUCGCCCAGUGGUUGGGCUUGAAGCCACAAGCCACAUACCAGAAACCUAGACAAACUCUAGUUGGUCGACCCCCGCCGUUGAAAUUAGUACAGCAACCUGCGUGUAGUCGUGUUUUUACCUUGCGAAGCACCUUAACCAACACAAGCGCAUCCAGCAGUAGUGGAGUGGCAUACAGCUCUUAUGGACAAAAUAAUGUUGUUACAGGGAACGCCGCGGCUCCUGGCGAAGAGGUCGAUAACUCCUCAAGUGCCUACAACACUGGUGGCUCUAAUAAUAGCGCCUCCCCCCAUCAAAAUACUACAAAUCCUGAUGAAGGCAUCGCCACUGGUCGCAAGCUAGAUAGUACAGUUAUUGAUAGCCCCAAUGAUCAUUUGGAUUCCCCAGGUGUAAGCAGUAUGUUGCUAUUACCAUUCGGCAAGUCUGGCCGUAUCGGUCUAUGCUCUUCCAAUCUGCCAACAGCAUAUGUCAGCGAGCGGUAUACCAACGUUGGGUCCGAAAAUGAAAUCCAUCCACUUAAAAGCGACAUUGAAAUACUAAGAGUUAAACAAACUGAUGAUUCCUAUAGCCAUUGUCCACAGUUUAACGCCCCAAAUUUGAGUAGUUACCACUUUGUUAGUAGUCAAGAGGUUGCAAACAGAUGUCAUAUUUCAACAAGUAUACAAAAAAAUGAAACUUUUCUUAACGGUGAAAGUGCUGAGGACAUACCCAUGGUAUGGAAGGUUAAAAGACGACCAGAUGGAACGCGGUACAUAGUAAAACGGCCAGUUCGUAAUCGACCCCAAGUUGCAUUUCGGAAAAAUAUGCGCUGCAACGAAGAUACCACGACGGAGGAGGAUACAAUAUCUGAAGUAAAAAUAGGUCGUUAUUGGACAAAAGAAGAACGUAAGCGGCAUAUCGAACGAGCUCGAGAGAAGAGACAUCAUCAGACGCAACCUCAGCAACAAUAGCCACAGUAACAUUUUCCUUUUGGAACAUUUAAAAAUUACAUAGCUUUAACAACAGUCUUAAAAACACAAAUUAGAUUCACUGUCGAAAAAUUGUAUUUGAUUUAAUUGUUUGGACGUCACCAAAAUUUAAAGAGAUUAUCGAAGUGCAUAAGCAAGAUUUGUCACAAUUCCAUUUUAAAAUUUUAAAAUCUAACUAUGUAGGCUUGGUAUUUUGUGAUGUGACCAAAUUGAAAUAAAACGUUUUGGGGGUCGUUAUAAAAUUCAAAAACUAA